UGUUUGUUUACCUCUUAAUUGAAAAAUUAAGAGGUAAGCUCUUAAAAAUUCAGAUGUGGCUUGUUUGGUGCCCUCUUAUUAAACCCCUCUGAAUUUGAUAAAUGCCUCUUAAAAAUUAAGAGUUCAAUCCACAUCUGAAAAAAUAAAAAGACGGACGCUGCCCUCGUAGGUCUCGCUCUUUUCUUUCUUCUCAAAAUCACAUCUCCAAUUUUCUUUCUCAUCGCCGCACAUAGCAAACCUCCACCCCGCACGUAGUCGCCGACGUCCUCUCCGCCUCCAGCUCUGUUUCCGGCGUCUUCUCCGAUAGCUGCGCCACAGCGACAUCGCCUCUUUCUUUCCUUCCUAUACCGUCUCCCUACAGCUCCGACGCCUUGCGCUCGCUCCCACCGAUUGCUCCGACCGACGAAGCCAGCGACGACGGUACAGACGCAGCCAGCAACGCCGCCAGCGACUGCUCCUUCUUCCUUCCGCCGCGGUACACCGAUUCUUCCCUUCUUCCUUCCGCCUGCGACUGUUCCUUCUUUCCCUUCAAGAUUGAAAGUAAAAAAUCGAAUUUAUUAUGCUAUAUAUUUCUGAUUUCUUAAAUCAAAAUUAAUACUUGAUGUUUACUCCAUUAUUAUGUUAUAUGCUUCAUUAUGUUGUUAUAUGUUGGGUAGUGAUGUUAUAUGUUUCAAUUUGAAUGUGUUCAAUGAGUAUGAUCAAAUAUUGAUGCUGAAAUUUGAUGUUAUGUUUGAUUCAAUGUUGAUGCUGAAUGUUGAUGCUGAAUUUAGAUGUUAUAUGCAGAAUUUUGAUGUUAUAUGCUGAAUUUAGAUGUUAUAUGCAGAAUUUUGAUGUUAUAUGAUGAGUUUUGAUGUUAUAAGCCGAAUUUUAGUGUUAUUUUGAUGUUAUGUUUAAUGUUUUCAUGAUAAUUAUGCUGAAAUUUUGUUGCUGAAUUAUUACUUCUCUUUGAUGUUCAUGAAAUAUCCAUUACUUUUGCUAUUGUGCAUUCGUUUUGUUGAAGUAAUUAUUGAUAAUGUGCCUUUAUAUUGUUUAAAUUGUUGUUGAAAAUGUGUAUUUGCAAUGUUGAACUUGUUAAAACAUACAUUUUUUUUGUUGAAUUGAUAAAAGCAAUGGGAGAAAAGAAGGAUAGGAUUAGUUGGAAGGUUGAAGGUGUAGAAAAAACGUUUCUAGAAGCUUGUUUACGUGAAGUUACGAUUAAUGGAAGGGAAGGGAGUAGUUUGAAAGCAUUAUCUUGGAGGAAUGUUGCUGAAACAUUAAAAAUUGAACAUAACUUCAUUGUCGACCAAAAACAAAUGAAGAACCGCUAUGACUACCUAAAGUCAAAAUUUGGUGCUUUUUUGAAGUUAAAAAACAAAACCGGCAAUGUGUACAAUUCAACAACCAACACGUUCAAUCUUUCCAAAGAAGAAUGGGAACUAGAAUCGAAGUCAAACAAACAUGUGGAUUCUUUGAGACGCACGCCACUACCGUACCCCGACCUUUGCACACAGUUGUUUGAAGGCGCGACUGCGACAGGCAUUCAUAGUUGGGGGCCAACUUCUACCCUUCCCCGUCCUACUCAAGAGUCAAGUCAGUAUAGUUUGCAUGACUUUGAUGACAUUGAUUGCACUCAACAAGAAACUGUAGGUCUCAGUGACGAGUCAUCCGCUCAAUCAAAAAAAAGAAAGAAUACGGAUACGACAAAGAGUCAAAAUAAAAGUAAAGAUAAAGGCAAAGAUAAGGGUAAAGAUGCAUCCAAUUCAAGAUUGCUUGAAAUCGGGGAAGAUAUUGCCACAGUUGCUAAAAUAUUUGUGGAAAAGCAUUCUUCUUCAAAUUUGGAUGCGUGUAUGGAAAAAUUGGAGAAGUUAGGAUGGGGAAUAUUUGAUCCAAGAUACACUACUGCUGUUGCUCUUUUUGGUGAAAGUGCGGAUAAGAGGCACGUGUGGUUAACCAUUGAUCCAGCUAUUUGUGAGAAUUGGGUCAAGACUGUUGGAGCACAUUACGGAAUGUUUCGCUAAGUAGAUUUUUUGAAUGUUUUGAUGGUUUUUUUUGGAUAACUAGAUGUUUGGUUUGAACUAGAUGGCUUUUUUUUUUGGAUUACUUGAUGUUUGGUUUGAACUAGAUGGUUUUUUUUGGAUUACUUGACAUUAAUGACUUGAUGUUUUGGAUUACUUGAUGUUUUGGAUUACUUGGUGUUUUGGAUUACUUGAUGUUUUGGAUUACUUGAUGUUUUGGAUUACUUGGUGUUUUUGCAAAAGAAGUUAUAGUGCCAACGAAUUCUAAUGCAACUGUGAAUUCCUCAGAGAGGCAUCGUAAGCUAAAAGAAAUCUUUCCUGGAGCAAUAGGUGCGCUAGAUGGAACUCUUGUACAUGCAGUCGUGCCUGCUGAUCAACAAACUCGCUAUAGGGGAAGAGGAAAAGGUGAAUGCUUUCAAAAUGUUUUAGGAAUUUGUGAUUUUGAUAUGAUGUUCACAUUCGUAUGGGCCGGUUGGGAGGGUAUAACACAUGAUUCGCGAGUUUUGAAAGAAGUUGCAUGUAACCCGACUUCAGGCUUUCCGUUCCCUCUUCCAGAUAAAUAUUACCUUUGCGAUGCUGCAUACACCAACACUCGUGGAUUUAUGACUCCUUAUCGCAACACGAGGUAUUGGUUAGCCGACUAUCGACGGCGACGUCCGUUAACUAAGGAAGAAAAAUUCAAUCAUGCACAUGCGCAACUCAGAAAUGUUAUUGAACGUGCUUACGGUGUUUUGAAGGCGAGAUUCCCAAUUCUAAAGCGAAUGGCUCCUUUUCCUUUUUCAGUGCAAAGAGAUAUAGUCGUUGCUUGUUUUGCAGUCCACAAUUUCAUAAGGAAAUGCGAUAUUCAUGAUGAGUUAUUUAUGGCGUUCGAGGAGAACAAUGCUCAACCACAAGGGGGACAAAAUGAUGUCGAAAACGUACACGAUAUGGAAUGGGGUUCACAAGGAAAUGAAUACAUGGAUAAUUUACGUGACCAGAUUGCGAAUCAAUUGGGAUGAAAUUAGAUUUGUAGGAUUUUAUUUGGAUUGUAGUAUGAUAUUGUGGAUUUAAAAAUAUUUAUGUUUGAUUUGGAUUUGUGUUUAAUUUUGAUUUAUGCUAAAUUUGAAUUUUAUAUGG